UUGAGUCCGCUGUGAUAAUGGCGGACAUAGUGAAGCAAAUCCUCGCGAAGCCGAUACAGUACGCCGACGAGGUGGUGAAGACGGCGGACCAAGCCAGCUCUUUCCGGCAGGAGUGCCUGGAGAUCAAGGGGAAGACGGAGAAGCUCGCCAGCCUCCUCCGUCAGGCGGCGCGUGCAAGCGGAGACCUCUACGAGCGUCCCACGCGCCGCAUCAUCGACGACACGGAGCAGGUGCUCGACAAGGCCCUAACCCUAGUCUUCAAGUGCCGCGCCAACGGCCUCCGCCGCAUCUUCACCAUCAUCCCCGCCGCCGCCUUCCGGAAAAUCUCCCAGCAGCUCGAGAACUCCACCGGCGACGUCUCCUGGCUCCUCCGCGUCUCCUCCCCCAACGAAAACGACGACGAUUACCUCGGCGGCCUUCCCCCAAUCGCCGCCAACGAGCCGAUCCUCUGUUUAAUUUGGGAGCAGAUCGCGAUCCUCUGCUCCGGCUCAAUCGAGGAGCGAACCGACGCCGCCGCGUCCCUGGUUUCGUUAGCCCGCGACAACGAUCGGUACGGCAGCUUGAUAAUCGAGGAAGGCGGCGUUGCGCCGCUGCUGAAAUUGGCCAAGGAAGGAAGAAUGGAGGGGCAGGAGAACGCCGCCAGGGCAAUCGGCCUCCUCGGAAAAGAUCCGGAAAGCGUCGAACAAAUCGUGAACGCCGGUGCCUGCCAGGUGUUUGCGAAAAUUCUCAAAGAAGGACACAUGAAAGUGCAGAUCGUGGUGGCGUGGGCCGUGUCGGAAUUGGCCGCGCACCACCGCAAAUGCCAAGACCCCUUCGCGCAGAACAACGUCAUCCGAUUACUCGUCAGCCACCUCGCCUUCGAAACAAUCCAAGAACACAGCAAAUACUCCAUACCAAGCAAACAAUCCAUGUCAAUCCACUCCAUUGUCAUGUCAAGUUCCAACACCAAAAACGACCGGAACUCCGGUGCCGCCGCCGGGGAACCGGAGUUUCAGACAACAACAACCACCCACAUCAGCCACCCGAUGGGUGGUCACGAAAACAACUCCAACAACCAAAUGCAAAACGUGGUCGCAAACACCAUGGCAAUUAAAUCGAGUAUGUACCAAAAAGAUCCCGGUCAGGAUCACACCACCCCCAAGAACCACCACAACCACAGCCAAAAACAAAAGCACCAACACCACCACCACCACCACCCGCUCCCCGGGAGCAGCAUCAAACGCAGGGAAUUCGAAGACCCGACGACGAAAGCCGAAAUGAAAUCCAUGGCGGCAAGAGCCCUCCGCUACCUCUGCGCCGGGAACGUAACUAUCUGCCGCAGCAUAACCGAAAGCCGAGCCCUCCUCUGCCUAGCGGUACUCCUUGAAAAGGGCCACGAAGAAGUCAAGUACCACUCCGCCAUGGCGCUAAUGGAAAUCACCGCAGUCGCCGAACAAGACGCCGACCUAAGACGCUCCGCGUUCAAACCAACCGCCCCCGUCGCGAAAGCGGUCGUCGACCAAUUCCUCGCAAUCGUCGAAAAACCCGACCCGGAAUUACUAGUUUCGAGUAUCCGGUCAAUCGGGAAUCUCUCUAGAACCUUCCGGGCGACGGAGACGAGAUUCAUCCGGCCCUUGGUCAACCUACUCGACGAGAGCUGGGAGCCCGACAUCACGGCCGAGGUGGCGAUCGCUCUGCGGAAAUUCGCGUGCCCCGAGAAUUAUUUACAUGAGUAUCACUGCAAGGCGAUAAUCGAGGCCGGUGGGGCGAAGCAUCUGGUGCCGUUAGUUUACUUUGGGGAACAGAUGGUCCAGAUUCCUUCGUUCAUACUGCUUUGCUAUCUUGCGCUGCAUGUGCCGGAUAGCGACACCCUGGCGCAGGACGAUGUGCUGAUUGUGCUCGAGUGGUCGACUAAGCAGUCGAAUCUCAUGCAGGAUGAAGAGAUCACGACUUUGGUUUACGAGGCGAAGAAGAGAUUGGAGCUUUAUCAAUCUAGAAGCUCUAAAAAUUACCACUGAUUGAUUUUUGUUUUGUUUUGUGUAUAGAUUCUUGAAGUUUUACUUAUGAUAUAUAUACAAUCAUACUUGUUAUAUUAUAUUUAGUGUAGAUAUAGGGUUUGGUAAUUGUGUGUAGAGUGAAAAUAGAAUGUUGUAGCAUAUGAUCAUAUGUAAUGUUGUUUAUAUUGGAAACAAUCACGAUUUUUUUUUUUUUUU